AUACAAACUUCUGGGUUUGCAUUAGCGCAGAAGAUUUUGGGCAUUGGGAAGAAGGGGGCGAGCAGGGGAACUUAUACGGCCUUGAGCAGGGGGACAGUGUUUGUUUACGGAGGUUUACGGUGUUUUGGUGUGUUUGGUGACCGUGGUUUUAGGAAGUCGUUGUUUUGUGGCUAUGAUCCGCUAAGAUUGUAUCGCAAUUGAACCUGGGCAUUGGCAUAGCAUGAGUACCAUUUGUUCAGAUAUACCCCCUGCGACUUCUUGCAGCCGUUAUUUCGGAAAUGCAUCCCAAUCAGAACUCAAGCUUGAACUGACCAAUGCUGAGAAGUGUGGGCUGAAAAUGCAGAGUGAUUUGAGGAUACAAAAGUCACCAAGCAAAUCACCCAACCAGUCUUUGGCUUCAGAUCAAGAUGUACAUUAUGAAGAAAACCAAAGAUUUUGUGAAGAUGGCAAAAAUGUGCUUGGGCUGAGCAAUGUCUUGGUGAGCAAUGGACGAACUGAAGAUGAGCUGUCUGACAAGUGCUUGACUAGUCAGUCAGGGGUGGCAUAUGAGAGUGGUGCUAGUGGUCUUUCAAGUAGUCUUAGCUUAAGCACGUCCAUCCAUGCAAGCCAGUCAUUCACUGAGAGUUCCUCGGCCAUGAAUAGUAGUUCAGGUGGUUCUCCACCAAACCUAUGGUCUACAACAUCUGCAGAUCAAAGCAUCAUGGGCAGAAUGCAGGCAGCAAAUGGUGCACAGUACCCAAGUCACUUUCCAUCACACACACAGAUGCAUGCCUCCAAUCAAAAUGCGUUGAUUGGGGGUGGCUGUGCAUCCCAGUAUAACAUUGCAUCACCAAGCCUUGGCCAGAGAAGACAUGUAACAGCUGCACACAGCAUGACUCCAAGCCAAACCCAGAAGCAUUAUGUGGAUAGCAAGAGCUACCCAGCCUGGUCAGCAGUGAGUGGAUCUCAGCACAACAGCUGGGGUGCUGGAGCUCAACCACAGCAGAACCUGACUGCCAUGCCUAACUGGAACAGGGUUCCAAAGGUCUCUAAUCAUCACCAGGUCCCCAUGACACACUUUCCAGCUAGUAUGUCUGGAAACAGCUCUAGCAUGGCCCAGAAGUACAACUCAUUUAGCCAAGCUGGUGGAGCAGUGGUCUUUACACCAAACAAGUUCAGGGGCACUUCCUUCCCUUCCAAGGGACCUUAUGGGCAGCCUCCACCUUCGCAGGAUGCAAGAGGAAGCAACAUGCUAUUUGGAUAUCAGGAUCGGAGCGGCCUCUGCUCGGUGGCGGAGCCGAGCCCUCUGGACACGAUGCGCUCACUGGAGCACUACCUGACGGACAUGGUGCGCGGCUGCGGAGACGCCGGCUACCUGAACGGCGGCGGCAACGGUGGUGUUGGCCUGCACUCACUGGGACAGCUGCAGGGCAAGCCGCCGUUCUUCCCUGGCCUGGACGAGGCGGCGGCCGCUCAUCUGCUGGAGGGUGUGGCUGCCAUCAGCCCGUGCCGCACCUCGCCCCGCUCGGCCGGCUCUGCCGACAACGGCGAGCGCUACAGUCGCAAGGUGUUCGUCGGCGGACUGCCGCCAGACAUCGACGAGGAGGAGAUCACUGCCUCGUUCCGCCGGUUCGGUCCGCUGGUGGUCGACUGGCCGCACAAGGCCGAGUCCAAGUCCUACUUCCCGCCGAAGGGCUACGCCUUCCUGCUGUUCCAGGACGAGAGCUCCGUGCAGCAGCUGAUCGACACGUGCAUCCAGGACGACGACAAGCUCUACCUGUGCGUCUCGUCACCCACCAUCAAGGACAAGCCGGUGCAGAUCCGGCCGUGGAAGCUCUCCGACGCCGACUUUGUGCGGGACGCCUCUCUGCCGCUCGACCCCCGCAAGACGGUGUUCGUCGGCGGCGUGCCCCGUCCGCUGAAGGCCGUGGAGCUGGCGAUGAUCAUGGACCGUCUGUACGGCGGCGUGUGUUACGCCGGUAUUGACACGGACCCGGAGCUCAAGUACCCGAAGGGCGCCGGCCGCGUGGCCUUCAGUAACCAGCAGAGCUACAUCGCCGCUAUCAGCGCGCGCUUCGUGCAGCUGCAGCACGGCGACAUCGACAAACGGGUGGAGGUGAAGCCGUACGUGCUCGAUGACCAGAUGUGCGACGAGUGCCAGGGCGUCCGCUGCAGCGGCAAGUUCGCACCCUUCUUCUGCGCCAACGUCACCUGUCUGCAGUACUACUGUGAGCACUGCUGGGCCACCAUCCACUCCCGGCCGGGCCGCGAGUUCCACAAGCCGCUGGUGAAGGAGGGUGCCGACCGGCCCCGCGCCGUCCCCUAUCGCUGGUGCUAGGUGAUCGCGCCGCUGCCACGCCACGACUAGUCAACCCAGCUGCAAUCACAGUCAGUCGGUUGCCGACAGACGACGACCCGUAGUUCUGUCGGCGUCAGUCCACACUGAGUCAGUCCACAGAGUCCACACAGUCUGUGACGUCUGUCCACAUUCUAUCAGCGUCUACCGGUGUCUGUCCACAGCCUGAUUACGUUAAUCCACAGUUCAGUGGCGUCGGUUCAUGACACUUUAAGACGUUAAUCCAUAGUUCAAUGGCGUCAGUUCCACAUUCUAAUGACAUCAGACCACAAUCCGAUCACGCCGGGCUACAUCUGCCGGCGUCGAUUCUGUGUAGGUAGCUGCUGGUAGUCUGGCUUAUGCUGGCGUCCCACACAGUACCCUCUAGCGGCACACCGGACAGCCGAGUGGCCCCUCUGUUAGUGCCAUAGACUAGGUGUUAAUCGCGUACAGUCGGUGGGACGCACGGGCGGGCGGCCAUAACCUCAACUUUUACCAUGGAUACAUGUGUGUGUAAAUAUCAGUAGAUUAUAGUCACCUUGUAAUUAAUUGUCGGGCCUCUCUUGUAUUCCAGUUGAGAGCCGUUUGGAUGCAUUUUUUACUUUCGCAUUUUUGUAUUGUUGGCGUUGCAAUUGUAUAUAGAUUAUGUACAAAUAAUCGGUAUUUAUAUGAUGGUUCUUGUAAAAAUCGUAUAGUUCCUCCUUAUUUUUUGGGCUGCCUUUUUGUACCUCCCGCAAUAUUAACUGUUCGUACAGCCGCUGCACACAUUUGGCGCAGUGCCGUGAGAUCGUGAUGGUGCGGCCUCCCGCACCGUAUGCUCUGAUUACCUGUACAUAGUUGUAGUUUUGCUCGAGCCGCACGCUGCUGCGGCCCUGCACACCUUUUUGGCCGCCCGCCCUGUCAGACGCCCCCGAGUGCAGCGCUGCUUCCGACUGCACCGGCUGCGUUCUAGCGUUCUCGACACACUAGGCAUUUUCGGGAGUUUUGAGCCCGGUAGCUUCGCUACGGGGUAGGUUGAAUUACAUGUGAUAGUCGUAUUUAUCCCCUAAUGUGAUUGACGCUAAUUUAUGCAAUUAAUUUUCUAGUUCAUACAUUUUUAUUUUCAGUAUGUUAUUCACUUAUUUACGGCGAAUAAUAGGCUAGCUAUUCAGCGUGUUGCGUGUUUAGAUUGACUGCUUUUCGUUAAUAUUUAUGUUUGCGUGUGGUGUUUCGCUGCGAGUGUUUGGGCGGCGGGGCGCGCCGCUGCGCCGGCCCCCGCCGUCCUCCCUGUCAGUCCGUGUUGUGAUAGUGAGUCAGGCGGCCGUCUGCCCGGAACCACAUACACCAGAUGCGGGUCACCAUGUCAAAACGGGGCGCCGGCCGACCGCCCCGCCCCGCGCCGAGCUUUCACACGCGCCGGUCCCCAGGGCUCAGCUCCAUAACCGGGCGGCCGCGCGCCGCCGCCGGGGCCCGGGCCCGUGUAACUGCCUCCGCGCCCUGUCCCCACCUCCGCUCGGUUGUGCACGUCGGCGACUGAUAUUUGUGUGAUGUAGAAAUGUAUUUUGAGUGGUUUGUACUAAAUUCAGUGUAUUUGAUUGUGGUCCCAGUCCGUGUCCAUCGGCCGUCGCGCACCGUUUGCCAUUUUGUCCCGAAAUCCGAUGUAGCGGCUGCCGUAUCCCUCAGCGCCCAUCCGUGUGUGAGUUGUGUGACGGGUCGCCCCCGCCGCAGCCUCGUUGACAAGUCGUUUUUAAGGCAUUUUCUAAUUUUAUAGUUGUGUCUGGGACCGGGGAGCCGACCGACCGCCCGGCCGCCGGGUGUCGACCCUCUUCAUUUACCCAUUUGAGGAGUUUUUAUGGUUAUUUUGUUGUCAGACGUUUUUAUGUUUUAUAAAUAAGUAAAAACGCAAAUAAAUAGUGUUGUGUUUUGUUUGUACUGCAGUUUUUCUACUCCAGCUUGCCAUAGUUGCCACUGAUUCCGGGUUGACCGCGAUUGUAACCAGUCGACCUUGGUCCGAGCGUUUAUCGUCCACCUUGUAUUAACUUAUUGUAACUAUUUCAAUAAACUGCUAGUCAGCC